AUCAACUGCUUCUCUUCCUCCUCAAUUCUAACUCUCCCUCUCCCCAAUCAUAAUGGCUUCGCAGGAAAAUGGUCGACCAUUGCCAAAAUUCGGGGAGUGGGAUGUGAAUAAUCCUGCCUCAGCCGAAGGCUUUACUGUGAUAUUCAAUAAGGCUAGAGAUGAGAAGAAGACUAACAGUGGACUCAACAUGACAAACCCACGUAGAUCUGAUCCUCUCGCCAAGACUCACACUUAUAACGAUUCUCAAUAUUCUGCAAAGAAAAAGUGGUUUUGCUGCGGCUGACUCUACAUGGCUUUAGACGCCAAGAGGGUAUGCUGAUCUGAGUAAGUAGCCCUCUAAAAUCCUCAUUCUUCUGUGGAUCAUGUUCUGACAAAUCGGGUGGAGCAGGAUUCGUUUAUGAUCCUAUUUGUUGUUGUUUUUUUUUUU